AUGGACGCGAAUGUGUUUGUGAAGAUCUCUUAUUCAACAAAGACGAAGGCUACGUGGGACAUACGAGUACGGUGCUAUGGCGGUGACACAUCAGUGAAGAAGGUGAAGCUUCAGUCUCUACGUAAGCAGUAUGAGAAUCUCAACAUGGAGAAUAAUGAGAAGGUGCAUGAGUACAUCUCCAAAGUGAUUCUUAUCACUAAUGAGAUGAAAGCUUGUGGAGAAACACUCUCAAAACAAGUGAUUAUUGAGAAGAUACUAACGUCACUUACUCUUCAGCUUGAUUACACUGUUGUACCUAUUGAACAUUCUAAGGAUUUGAGCACCAUGAGAAUUGUAGAGCUGCUAAGUAGUCUAAAAGCACAAGAGUUCCGUCUAACUGGGAGAACCUCUGAGAGAGAGGUAGAGCAGGCUCUGAAGGCGUCUUCUGAUAGGAAGAUUCAGAAGCCUUCUUGGUCAUACAUCAAUAAGAUACACGAUGUUUCUCAAAAGUCAGAAGCGUCCAACUCUGAUGAGAAGAAAAAUCAGAAGGGAUUGGAUAAGCUUGACAAGAAGAAGAUUCAAUGCUACUGCUGUAAGAAUUUUGGCCAUUAUGCUUCUGAGUGUUGGUCAAAUAAAGGAAAGAAGUCAAAAGAAGCAAACAUAGCCACAAAGUCUGAUGAUGAACCUAUGAUAUUGAUGACUUUUGAGCUUGACAAUAGUGAAUUGUCAAAAUGGUGGUAUAUGGAUACUGGCUGCUCAAAUCACAUAACUGAAAACAAACAAUGGCUGAUAAACUUUGACUCCAAAAAGAGGACAAAGAUUAGAUGUACUGGUGAUAAUUUCCUUAAUGCCAAAGGAAUGGGAAAUGCUAGAACCAAAUUGAAGAAUGGUAAAACUGUUCUGAUUAAAGAUGUUUGGUAUGUUCCAGACAUGAAGAGUAAUCUAAAGAUGUUUGGUAUGUUCUUAGUUACUAUGAAGGACAAUCUCUUGAAGUUGUAUGAUUCCAAUCAGAAGAUGAUUAUGCAAUCUGAGUAG